GGUCAAUAUCAUGGAUAAUCUGUAUUGAGGAUCAAAGCAAAGCCACUACUUUUCAGAAGCAAUGGCUAACUGUGAACUUUAAAACCAUGUUACUUUAAAAUAAAUACUGUUCAAAUGCGACAGCCUGUGACAAUCCGUAAUCACUAAUAAUCAUUACCAUCAGUUAAUUAGUGGAAUUAAAGGCUAAAGUCUGGGCCACGUUUUUUCCAAAGGCCCAACACACAGUAGCCUACUAAAGACCGAAGGGUGUUGCAUGGAUAUAAUUCGGAAUUUAAUAGGACCUCUAUGGCUUCAUGAAUGAAGUGUCUCUGAUGUCACGUUGUUUACCUCUGCGUCGGAGUGACACGCCUUCCAUUCCAGGCAUAUAAACCUCAGGAAUUCAGAGACACUCCAGCAGACUUGGAAAUUGAUCCAAAAGUACUUUUCAGGAUGACAGUGAUUAUUCUACUCCUGCUGGUACUUGCGUUGACAUUUUCUGAAGCGGAGGACAAUGAGCUGUUCUCCGUGAUCAGCACCCCCCCUGAGAAGGGCCAGAGUGUUUUACCUGGCCAGAACCAGAGCACGAGGCUAGGGGUCAAAGACCCCUCUCUCCCCAUCAACGAGCUCCUGGAAAAGGGCAGCAAAGUCGGGGACUCCAAGUACGCCCUCCACCCCCUUCCCUCGGGGGUCUGGCCCAAGGACAGUGACCCUCGCCCCGGCCUCCACAACAAGAGCAAGAAGGGCCCUAAAAAUGACCGCCUGAUUGAGCACAACAGCGAGAAGAACCGCGGCGAGUCGAGUCUAGUGCUUCCCAAAAUGCCACUGACCACUGCCACCAACCGCACACAGAAAGUAAACGUGGACCCUCACCGGGACCCCCACACCAACUUCAAUAACCCCCCACAGAGUGACCCGGACAGUCACCCCAACUCCAGACCCAGGGGCCAACCUCACUCGGCCCCUUCCCCUCGCAGGGACCCCUCAACCAGAAAGCUGGACCCGGAGGAGAACCGCCCUGGGGGGAAGUCCAGUCUGUACCAGUCCGGCGGCGCCACCCGGAAUAACAGCCGCUCAUCUGUGCUCCUCAACCGUCGCUCCUCCAGCCUGCUCUACCAUUUCGACAUUCUGAAACGAGAGUCUGACUUCCCUCACGAGGCUGUCUGCAUGAGUGAGUGCAGGAAGGAGAAGGAGGAGAGAGAGCACUACUGCUACAGUGAAUUUGCCGUCAAUGGGGUCGUUCACGACAUAGACGUGGUGCGUAAGGGGAUUAGACUCCUCACACUGAUGGUGAGCAGCGAUGGCUUCUACAAGAUGAGCCGCCUCUACGUCACUCCAGACAGCUUCUUUCUCAAAGUGCGUCUCCUUGUCCUGGACACCUACAAAUGUAGCAAGCCUUGUCCUGACAUCAAACUAGGUAGCCGGUACAUUAUAAUGGGUCAGAUCUACCACCGGAGGCGCCACCUCCCCAACGACCUCCUGGCUCUGCUGGGGGGAAAACUGAAGCCAGGGGACGGCCUCCUGCGUAGCAACAACUACGUCAAGCGCUUCAACAAGAGGAGACACCAGAAAGCCCUGGAGGCCACCCGCUCCAAGUGUAGGUAAAACCAAAACAGACUAUCGCCCACCCCCCCUGCAGUGGCGGAAAAGACAUUGCAGUCAUCAACAUGAAGUGACUGAGACCUAUAACCCCUACAGCAUUUCAGCAGAGACGUAGAUGGACGAGGCCAAUAUGUUUGUUUUUUCCGGCAUGGACCUCCUGCACUUGUCUGUGUCAUAAUCCAGGUUGAGUGGUAAUGUUUUUGCUUGUCUGUCUGUAGAGUCUUUACCUUGAGGCUUUGCGUCCUCCUUGAUAGAAGACACAAGUGGAGUCUAUAUCAAAGGUUCUCGUCUUUCAACCUCUGCUUGAAGUAUUGCCCCAUCAGAUUUCCUAAAUGGAUUUUUAUUUUAUUUAGUUUUCAAACGUUUAUUUAACUAGGCAAGUCAGUUAGAACAAAUGAUUAUUUACAAUGACUGCCUACACGGGCCAAACACAGACGACACUUAUUAUUGUGAAUGAGCAUAGAGUUGGCUAGAGGGCACACUUAACAAAGAUAAAAGAUGAGCUCUCUAGUUUUUCUCUACUCUAGUCAUUUAUUAAGAUGUCAUAGUACUGAAAAUUAUAAUUUAUUCAUGCCUGGUACUUGAAUCGGUCAGAUCAGUGCCUCUCAAAUUGGUUUAUUUUACGAUUGAAAAAUUCUACCAGUGAACCCAGAGUUCUGGUUCAAUGGAAUAAUUCAGGUAGAGGACAUUUUCAUUGGCUAAUCCGAUGUAAAACAACUUUUCAUCAGAAUGUUUUGGUUGUCCCGUGUCAACACUUGAAGAUGGUGUCUGAGCAUGUGAAUGAAGCCCAUAUUUACCCUGAGUGAGGAAGACUUCUGACUCCAGCCCCACUAUUCACACGAACACACUCACACAUCUUCAAUUUGGCUUGUUCCAAGUUAUCCUAAUCAUCCAUGGGAAAGACGAUCUGUUCAGAUCUAGAUCUAAUCACACUCGUGAUUCUCCAAUGGCAAGUGUCCAAUCACAUUUCCCCUUUAGCACUUGGUAGGAAAUGUUAAAGGACUUCCUAUUGCCUGAAUAUACAAUAACAGAAAACUCCUAUUUAUGCCUGUGAGAAAAGCUGUCAAAUUUUCAAACUGUUUUUUUGUGCCUGUCUUUUGAUUGCAGGAAAUGCACUUUUACUGUAUGUGAAAAAUAAGAGGGGGGGUGAAAGACUGGAAAAGCAUCAACAACAAACCCCAGGGGAGGAAAAGUUGAGAAGACAGAAAAGAGACUAAAAUCAACCUAUUUUUCAAAUAUUAAAGAUGUGUACAGUUUGAAAUAUCCAAUGGAGAAAACAGACUUCAUAAGGGAACCUGGUGGUAUUAGUGAGCGUUUUUGUAAAUCUAAUCAGGGGAAUCUGAUCCCCAGCGCACCUGGACACACAGGGCUUCAAAAAAGUGCGGCUCUCCUUGCCGGUUCUUUUUGGAGAUGGUGGGGUGAAAGCUAAUGCCACCUCUGGCCUUUAUUUGUUCAUACACACACACACACACACACACACACACACACACACACACACACACACACAUCCACAUCCGAUGGGGCAAAAGCUCAAAGGAGGCAUUUGAGAGUGGCAAAGGGAAGGAGAGAGGGAGGAGGAGUGAAGGAGGGAAGGUGAAAGAGAAAGAAGGAAAAGGUUAUAGCGCCUUCAGAAAGUAUUCACACCCUUUGACUUUUUCCACACUGUUGUAUUACAAAGUGGGAUUAAAAUUGAUUUAAUUGUAAUUUUUGGAAGGUGGAAUAAUUAAAAAAAACAUUUAUUACAAAUUUAUGAAAAAUUAAAUACUAAUAUCUUGAUUAGGUAAGUACUUAGGUAAGUAAGUCUCUAAGUGCUUUGCACACCUAGAUUGUACAAUAUUUGGCCAUUAUACUUUGUAAAAUUCUUCAAGCUCUGUCAAGUUUGUUGUUGAUCAUUGCUAAAAAGCCAUUUUCAAGUCUUGCCAUAGAUCUUCAAGCCAAAUUAAGUCAAAACUGUAACUAGGUCACUUAGGAACAUUCAAUGUCGUCUUGGUAAGCAACUCCAAUGUAGAUUUGGCCUUGUGUGUUAGGUUAUUGUCCUGCUGAAAGGUGAAUGUGUCUGUUGGAAAGCAGACUGAAUCAGUUUUUCUUCUAGGAUUUUGCCUGUGCUUAGCUGUACUCCAUUUAUUUUUAUCAUAAAAAAACUCCUGAGUCCUUGCCGAUGACAAACAUACCCAUAACAUGAUGCAGCCACCACCAUGUUUGAAAAUAUGAAGACUGGUACUCAGUGGUGUGUUGUGUUGGAUUUACCCCAAACAUAACGCUUUGUAUUCGGGACAAAAAGUUAAAAUCAGCAAUAGCCUCAUGGUGAAAUCCUUGAGAAGUGUUCUUCCUCUCUUGCAACUGAGUUAGGAAGGACGCCUGAAUCUCUGUAGUGACUGAGUGUAUUGAUACACCAUCCAAAACCUAAUGAAUAACUUCCCCAUGCUCAAAGGGAUAUUAUUAUUUUAUCCAUCUACCAAUCGGUGGCCUUCUUUGAGAGACACUGAAAAACCUCCAUGGUCUUCGUGGUUGUAUCUGUGCUUGAAAUUCACUACUCGAUUGGGGGACCUUACGGAUAAUUUUAUGUGUGAGGUACAGAGAUGAGGUAAUCAUUAAAAAAUAAUGUUAACCACUAUUAUUGAACACUGAAUGAGUCCAUGCAACUUAUGUGAUUUGUUAAGCACAUUUUCACUCCUGAAUUCAUUUAGGCUUGCUAUAACAAAGGGGUUGAAUACUUAUUGACUCAAGACAUUUCAGCUUUUCAUUUUUUUAAUAAUUAAAAAAGUGUUCUACAAAAAAAAAAUCUAUUUUUACAUUAUGGAGUACUGUGUGUAAAUCGGUGACACAAAAUCUCAAUUUAAUACAUUUUAAAUUCAGGCUGUAACACAACAAAAUGUGGAAAAAGUCGAGGGAAGUGAAAAUCUCCUGAAGGCACUGUGUGUGUACAUACAUCAAGACAGAGAGAGAGACCCCGGGCUCUCUCCAUUCCUGAGGGAAAACUUUGACUGGAUGAUAAGAUAGACAUCCAGGCCACAGACCCUUGGUCUGGCCUGUCAUCUUUGACCAUCCUCAUACUUAAAAUGAGCGAAAAGCCAAAAGGUUUGCACUGUGUGCACAUAUCUCAUCUCAUACUACAUGGAACUAAUAAAAGAUGCAUUUGUUAUUUACUCA